CCCAAUCCAACGGGAGCUCAGCUUUUGUUCUCGAUCCGCGAAUUCCCCGUGGGACCGAUGGCGACGGGAUUCGUCGUCGUCGUCGCCAUGUGUCAGCUCGCUGGCGUCCGGAUCACCCAAGUGUGCGGGUGGGUGGCCGCCACACGCUCGCCGCGUGCUCGCCUCCUUCCCCCACCUUUCCCACUUCCCACCCUCCCCUCCCUCUCGGUCUUCGUCUCCCUCCCCUCUCCUCCCUCCUCCUUCCAAAUCUGCAGCUCAAGCUGGUGUUGGUGGUGUUGGUGGUGGUAGGCGGCGGCGUCGCCUUCUCCUCCUCUUCUUGCUGACCCCGCCUGACUGGCUUCCUUCCCCUUCCACACCUGCCGGAUCGGGUGGCUGGGUUGGUUGAGGGUCCAAGAAAGAAAGAUUUUGGGGGUUCGGGGGUGAACCCCCCUCCCCAUGCCCCAAGUGAGUAGACCUUUGUGUGAUGCAGGAACCAGAAUCUGGGCAUGGUGGCUGACACGGAGAGCUCGGGGUCACUGGGUGGCAGCUCAAAUGCUGCUUCUGACAAGGCUGUUGAUGGGUCUCUUGACAAAAGAUCUCAGGAAAAGGCUCCAAAGAAAACUCAUAAAGCUGAACGAGAGAAACUUAAGCGUGACCAGUUGAAUGACCUUUUUGUUGAGCUCAGCAGUAUGCUUGAUCCUGAACGACAAAAUAGUGGAAAGGCUACUGUGUUAGGUGAUGCUGCACGAGUUCUGCGGGAUCUUGUUUCUCAAGUAGAAUCUCUCAGAAAGGAACAGUCCGCUCUUCUAACUGAGCGUCAAUACGUUGGUUCAGAGAAUAAUGAGCUGCAAGAAGAGAAUAUCAUGCUCAGAGCCCAAAUAUUAGAACUGCAUAAUGAGAUUUGUGCAAGGAUGGGAAACAACCACCUCAAUCAAAGCAAUCUUGCGAUGUCACAACCAGUAGCCAACAAUGGCAGUAACUCAGCAACUCAACCCGUUCCACAUCACAUAUGGGGCAAUGGUCCGAAUUUAGCUAUGGUGCACCCAACAAACACAUUAUCUCCGUUGCACAAUCAGCACCAUCAGUCUGCUGGUGCCAGCCAGGUUUAUGCGUCACGGCCUCAGGAGCUGCAGCUCUUUCCAGGGACCUCAGUAUCAACAGAGCGAGAACGAUCCCGAGCUGGAAGUGGAAGCACCCCGGCUACUUCUUCAGGCCUGACGGAUUCUUUGCCAGGGCAGCUUCGCCUCAGCCUCCCGCAAUCUUCUCAAGAAGAAAACAGCAGCGGCAGCAAGAAAGGUCGAAAAAAGGGCUAGCCGGCCAGUUGACACUUGACAGUUGCUAAAAAAGAAUCGAUAAAUCGAUACUUGGUGAAUGGUGAUAGUUACACACUCCUGUAAAUACUGCGAAGCGCUUACUGAUACCUACUGUGAUAGUUGCCCUCUGUUGUAAUUUGUAUUUGUAGUGCUUGCUCUGAAACUUAGAUCACGUUUGACUAUAGUUUUCCACUUCCAGUCCUUUUACGGAUAUAUGUUGCCAUAUUACAGAGUUGUUUACCAGGAAGAGAGAAAAAUGAUGCAAUUCGAUAGCAGUGUUAACUGAUGAUAAUUAUAUGAUCCCUGUCACCAAGUCAUGAAAA